AUGGCGCCCGGCGCUGAGGGGAGUUCCGGUGCCACCAUGGCGGCGACGCGGCUGGAGCUGAACUUGAUGCGGCUCCUGAGCCGGUGCGAGGCGCUGGCGGCGGAGCGGCGGGACCCCGAGGAGUGGCGGCUGGAGAAGUAUGUGGCUGCUCUGGAGGACAUGCUCCGGGAGCUGAAGAAGCAGUCCAGCAAGCCAGCCCCUGAACUGCUGAAUGAAUACUCUCGCAAAGUGGACUUUUUAAAGGGACUCCUAGAAGCUGAAAAAUUGUCUUCAUCCACAGAAAAAGCUCUGGCCAACCAGUUCCUGGCCCCGGGGCGCACCCCGACGACAGCCAAGGAGAGAACCCCGGCCACCAAAACCGUGCACCUGCAGACCAAGGCGCGCUGCACGGGCCAGAUGAGGAGCGAGCUGCUCGGCACAGACCCCCUGGCUGCUGAUGAUUCUGAGGAGUUGAACAUAAGGAGGCGAAAAGGCCUCACAUCAGACGAGAAGCAGUCGGCAGUGGAGCUGGAUGCUGUGCUGCAGCAUCACCAGGACAUGCAGGAGAAGCUGGCUGAGGAAAUGCUCAGCUUGGCUCGCAGCCUCAAAAACAACACCCUGGCUGCCCAGAACGUGAUCAAACAGGACAACCAGACACUGUCACACUCCCUCAGGAUGGCAGACCAGAACUUUGAGAAGCUCAAGGAUGAAUCUGACCGCCUGGAACAACACGCCAAGAAAUCUGUCAACUGGCUGCUGUGGAUAAUGCUAAUUGUAGUUUGUUUUAUAUUCAUCAGCAUGAUUCUCUUCAUCAGGAUUUUCCCCAAACUGAAAUGAAAAUUUUAUUUUACUUAAAGCUGGCUGUAGUGCAGUGGGAAAGCUCAGCUGGUGUGAGAACUGUCACAGUCUUAGAGGCUGUGCAAGGCCUGCCUUGCAUCUCCCAGUGGAGGAAGGCUUUCCUGAGGAAGGCUUUCCACACUUCCAUUCUUGUUUACUUGGUGACUCUUGUUGCCUCUUGCAACAACAGUCAUCCUGUGAGGUAAGGAUGAGAAUUUACACUGAGCUGCUAACAAGUUCUUUAGUGGAUAAAUACAUUUUUAAUGUGUUUGUGACAAAUGUUAUGGCUCCUAAAAGGCAUUUAGUCAAUACAAAGUUAAAUAACAGUUGAAGUCUUACAUUCUUUCCUGUGUUCACAGCUUUUCUGUACUGACCUAGGAGCUUGCUGCCAACAGGAUAUUUAAUUUCAGUUCUGUGCAUACACAGCUGCAGUGUAGAAAGAGAAUUCUGCUGUUCAGGUGCUUGCUUGGCUCAGAUUCAGAGUACCAACAGGUAAAACUCUUCUCAGGCUCACAGUUUGCCCAGAUGGGUAUUUGGGACUUUGGACUUCACCAUCUUCUCCAGUUCAGAUUACUACAGGACUGGAGCUGCUUUCUGUGCAGUGUUUGCCUCCCUUUUGUGUGUGCAAAUGUUCUCACCUCUCAUUGUGGUGUUGGAGCUGUUCCAUGAAGGAAACACCGUGACCCUGCCACCUUCCAACUGUACACACAGUGCUGCAGGUGGCACAGACCUCACCUGUGCAAACAUGCUUGUGCUGCAGGAUGAGGGCAAAGGAAGGUGGUGUCUUCAAGAUGGAAAUAAUAAUUUCAAAAUAUUCAGCUUUUCUUUUUUUGAGCAAAUUAUCCCUGUUGUCUUAAGAGCUCACUAAAAUAAAACAGAGAAAAAAGAAACUCAUAUUUUUAAAACACUGCUGCUGCUAGAAAAACUUGGAGACUGUAGCAAAGCAGGGUUUGUGUGACAGCCUGAGAGUCUCUGUAGGUGCCUGAGAUAAGCUGAAAGCAAACCCUUGUGCAUCCUGCUGAGCAGUGUUCAGGUGUCCCACGGAGGAGAUGAGGGGCAGCAGGUGACCCUGGCUGUGCUUUGGUCUGGAACCAAACCAUGGGGUGUUCCAGCCUGGAAGAGCUGUUUGUCACAGCUGGGUUCUUAGGAAUAUCCAGCUUUGCUUUGAACACGUCCCACAGCACCAGGCUCUGUGUCAGAGCUGUGCUCUCCUGUACAGAAAUGUGACAUUUCUAUUGCCCAUCUCUGGUAAUGAAGGCUGUUAACGUUUUUUACACAAAAUAUUUCUGUUUUUUAACACAAUGUUUGCAAUGUAGUAUACCACUCACUUAUGGAUUAUCAAAUGAAUAAUUAUAUUAUGAGGUACAGCUUUUAAUUCCAGCUACUCAGAUAUCUGCAAUAUACUCCUGUUUUAUUUACCUUGAAUUUAGAGAAAUUUAGAGUUGUAGCAAUCAAUUUAUGGACAUUUCUACUUUUCCCAGUUGUUUUCCUUCAUCUGUAUGUAAUGUUUGACAUUUCACUGUGCUUCAUUAGUCAAUGCUGUGUCACCAAAUUAUUUUUUCAAUUCUGAUUGCUCACUACUUUCCCUGCAGGCAUUUCAAUGCCAAGCUCUUCUCUUAGAGGCUGAAUGUGAUGCUGGAAUGGUUUUUGUAUGUGAGAUUUUGGGAUGCAACAUUAAUGCUUCAUUGUCCAUAACACUGUCCUCCUUAUUACUUGAAAUAAAUUAUUUUUUCCUAGUUUACAAA